UGCGCAUGCGCACAAAGCCGCGCUGGCAACCUCCGCAGCAGCCGCGCGCACUCUUCACCCCGCUGGCUGCUUUUGUCUCGCGAAACCUUCUUAGGCGCUCCUCAACAUCGGUCCUUCUUUUCCUCCCCUCUCCCCACCGGGAGAGCCGGGUGCUGAGAGCCGAGACCCUGCCUCUUCUUUUCCCUUCCCCUGACCCACCUCGCCUCUGUCCUCCCUCCCUUUUUCGUUCCCGGAGCCGGAAGGAGCCGAAGCGCCCACGGAAAAAGCCGAAGGUGUCUGCUGUGAGUCCUUCCCCAGGCGGUGGCGGAAGGAGCCGAAGUUCUCCGAAAGGGGGAGGAGGUCGCGCUUGGAAUCUCCGGAAAGAGCCGAAGUUUGGAAACGGGUUUAAUCUCUGGUUGGGCCCGAGGGGGAGCGCCAGAGACCUUCGGGAAGUGCCGAAAUCCGGGACGGUUAGGAUUGUCGGAAGUGGCCGAUUGCUUGGACAGGGCCGUCGGGAAAGAGCGGGUAGAAUCUGUGGAAGCAGCCAAAGACGGACGGUUUGAGUUCUUGGAAGAAGCUGAGUUCUAAGGGGGGAGUCUGGGUGCUAGGAAUGCGAGGACCUACGGAAACAUCCGAACGUUGAAGAGCUACUAUCCGAAAAGUUACGAAAACCUGAGAAGCCUGCGAAACCCUCGCUUCGGGUGUUUUCGGAAGCAGCCGAAGUCGCCUCUCCCUUCGCUCCUCCACGGUCCGGAAAUAGCCGACGCGUUUCGGAGCCAGGCCCUGGGGGGAGGUGCGCCUCGUGGGCGGGCCGGCGGGGAGAGGGGCGGAGCCGGGGCGGGGCGGGGCGGGCGGCCGGGGCUUGAUUAGGUAGGAGGCGGUGGAACGCCGGCAGCGGCCGGAAGUAGCCGAAGCAAGCGGCGGAAGUAGCCGAAGCGGCCGGAUCGGGCGCGCGGCAAGGCGAGGCGAGAGCUACACAGGGCCCUACGCGGCCGCCUCAGCAUGUCGGACUUCGACGAGUUCGAGCGGCAGCUCAACGAGAAUAAGCAAGAGCGGGACAAGGAGAACCGGCACCGCAAGCGCAGCCACAGCCGCUCCAGAAGCCGGGACCGCAAGCGCCGCAGCCGGAGCCGGGACCGGCGCAACCGGGACCAGCGGAGCGCCUCCCGCGACAGGCGGCGGCGAAGCAAACCUUUGACCAGAGGCGCUAAAGAGGAGCACGGUGGAUUGAUCCGGUCCCCCCGUCAUGAGAAGAAGAAGAAGGUCCGCAAGUACUGGGACGUGCCACCGCCAGGCUUCGAGCACAUCACCCCCAUGCAGUACAAGGCCAUGCAAGCUGCGGGUCAGAUUCCAGCCACUGCCCUCCUCCCCACCAUGACCCCUGAUGGUCUGGCCGUGACCCCAACGCCCGUGCCUGUGGUCGGGAGCCAGAUGACCAGGCAGGCCCGCCGUCUCUACGUGGGCAACAUCCCCUUUGGCAUCACUGAGGAGGCCAUGAUGGAUUUCUUCAACGCCCAGAUGCGCCUGGGGGGGCUGACCCAGGCCCCCGGCAACCCCGUCUUGGCGGUGCAGAUUAACCAGGACAAGAACUUUGCCUUCCUAGAGUUCCGCUCUGUGGAUGAGACCACCCAGGCCAUGGCCUUCGAUGGCAUCAUCUUCCAGGGCCAGUCCCUGAAGAUCCGCAGGCCUCACGACUACCAGCCCCUGCCUGGCAUGUCGGAGAACCCCUCUGUCUACGUGCCUGGAGUCGUGUCCACCGUGGUCCCGGACUCUGCCCACAAGCUGUUCAUCGGGGGCCUACCCAACUACUUGAACGACGACCAGGUGAAAGAGCUGCUGACAUCCUUCGGGCCUCUUAAGGCCUUCAACCUGGUCAAGGACAGCGCCACGGGGCUCUCCAAGGGCUACGCCUUCUGUGAGUACGUGGACAUCAACGUCACGGAUCAGGCCAUAGCGGGGCUGAACGGGAUGCAGCUGGGGGAUAAGAAACUGCUUGUCCAGAGGGCGAGUGUGGGAGCCAAGAAUGCCACGCUGAGCACCAUCAACCAGACCCCGGUGACCCUGCAAGUGCCUGGCCUGAUGAGCUCCCAGGUGCAGAUGGGCGGCCACCCGACCGAGGUCCUGUGUCUCAUGAACAUGGUGCUGCCCGAGGAGCUGCUGGACGACGAGGAGUACGAGGAGAUCGUGGAGGACGUGCGCGACGAGUGCAGCAAGUACGGCCUCGUCAAGUCCAUCGAGAUCCCACGGCCCGUGGACGGCGUGGAGGUUCCCGGCUGCGGAAAGAUCUUCGUGGAGUUUACCUCUGUGUUUGACUGCCAGAAAGCCAUGCAGGGCCUGACGGGUCGCAAGUUCGCCAACAGAGUGGUUGUCACAAAGUACUGUGACCCCGACUCUUAUCACCGCCGGGACUUCUGGUAGAGGCGGCGGGGGAGGGCAGGGGCAGGGCUGGCUGGGGGCUUCUCCCCCUCCCGCUCCCCCUCUUUUCCCCCUCUGAAGACGAUGGGCAGAGGAGUGACAGCCGAAUGACAGCCUGACAGCCGGCAGCAACUGGAAUGGCAGCAAUUAAGGGUGGGGGGGUGGGGUGGGGCUUGGGGCGGGGAGGGGACGGGGGAGUGCUCACACAGGCCCACACAGACACACACACACAGAGGGAAGGGGGGGGCGGGGUGCACAACAGGGCUGGGUCGGAUCCCCACGGCCCCUCUCCGAAACAGUCUUUCCUUCCUUACGCUCCCUUUCUCUUCCUCUUCCCACCGUAGAAACGUAGCGUGUUUAUAUUUUAUGGCCAAACUAUUUUGAAUUUUGUUGUCCGGCUCCUGUUACGCUGCCCUCUCCCCUUUCAGGACCACAGCUCCCGUCCUCUUGGCCUCUGGUCCUCUCCCCGGUGUUGUCCUUGGUUUCUUAUGUAGCUGAUUCUUUCCACUUUAGUUCCUCCAGACCUGCCCCCCAGCCCCGUCACCCCGUCCCUCUCCUACUCUCUGUGGCAGUUUCAUAUUUGCUAAGACGAAUUUGCUCAUUAAACAUUUUGUUGUAUUUUA